AUGGGCUCUACGGGUCGGAAGGCCGUGGACGAGGUCAACCACUGGAUAGCUUACAUUGACUGCGCACUCUCUCACCCGCAUCCGCUCCCAAAGGGAAAACACGUGUUCCGUAGUGAUCUCAGUACCGUCCCGGAGGUUCGUGACAUCUACGACUGCCUGUACAAACUUUACGCGGAGGAGAGUGCAUCGGCGUCCUUUCGGGAGCCUGUAAACGCACUGGAAUUGGGUGUUUUCAACUACUAUGAGGUUGUGACGGAGCCCAUGUCGCUGCGUACCGUGCUAGACCGCAUUGCCGAGGGGGGUCACUACUCUCAAGCUUCUCAGGUGUUGGCAGAUGUGGAGAAGAUUUGGAGCAACUGCGAGAAGUAUAACGGCGCCGACUCCGCUUUGGUUAAAGAGGCCAAAAAAUGUCAGGGGAUACUGGCAAGGCUGCGGGAGCGUCUUGCGGAAGAGCAGCCUGCGCCAAACGCCGAGCUAGACAAAAUAAUCAGCGCCUUUGAGAGCGCGGAUGAGUCCGUCUUGGGUGAACUGGAGGCGUACUUUCGCAGGGAGGACCCUUCUCUCAUCAUCAGCAAUGGGGACGUUGAUUUGACGGCGCUGAGGGUGAAGCACUUGAAGGCCAUGAAAGCCAUUCUUGAGCGUGCGAUGAACGGCGGUGGAGGACGAGGAUGA